AAGGUCUGUGCGAGGAGCAGUGUGCGCGCUGCCCAUUCUACGGUCAGGAGAGUCUGCUGGGGAAGGUCUCACUGGGACAGGGGGGAAGAGAUAACAAGAGCAGCAGCAUCAGGCGCGGAAUACUCAUUAAGCCACUUCUGCACUGCAGCUUAACUCCCAGCAAGUUCACGUCAAGUGGAAUAACCCAGCGACCGGUGCUGAAUUCCCUUACUGUGUACCAAGCGGCGCGCUAUCUGAUCCCAUUCGCUACGGCUGUUACAUCCUCUGAAAGCAAAGGGGGGUAAACCGAGAGCAAACACGGUGCUUACAGCAGUCAAUGCCUAAACUUCUUGUGAAGUUCCCCUCUGAGCGCCGAUCGUACAGUCCCUCCGUAUCGCACCCAGGUACCAGCUGGCAGCACUCACUGGGACUCUCUCACUAAAGCAGCCAGUCAGUGUCAGUGGCUCCUGGAGUGCAGCAAAUCAGAUACACAGCCAAAAACACAAGGGAAGGUGAAAGGAAUCACCGGGCAAGGUCGUGUACAUGGAAAGGAGAAAAUAAGUGUAAUUAAAAGAGAGAGAAAAAGAGAAGGGGAGGAAGCUGCAAGUAGAAGGAGCAAGAAACUUUCCGAGCUCCACUCUCCAACCAAGUCCAAUGGCACUGCCGGGAGCGCGGGGACACUGAGAGGCCGCCAAAGGGUCAAAGAGCACAGCCCCGAUAUCUAAAGUUUGGGGGUGGAGAAUAACAUUCAUCGGCCAAGCAAAGAGGAGAUGAGCAGCACAUGACCUUCCCUACAGUGACAUGUUCUCUUCUCGGGCUCCCAGAAGAAGUGUAGCCCGGCGGGCGGGCGGGGGCCUCUGCUGUGCCGCUCGGUGCAAACAAACCAGAGCAUUUGGCGGAGUGAGGCGGCUAAUUGCUUGAGGCCGUCCCUCAUUUCCAUAUGAAGUCUGUGUCCGCUGGCCCCGAGCCAAUCCCCUCUCACCCCCGCCACUAAUCGCCAUGUAUUAUUCACCAUCACAAUUAGUUACCGACAUGCGCAAUCCGCGCCGCACCGACACCGCUUCAUUUGCCCUCAUUUUGCAACUCGACUAUUUGUGAACAUUUUUUUUUUCUUAUUAUUUGCCACUGAUGUAUCUGCAAAAAAGCAGAGAGGACUCUGAGUUCCCAGCGGCGGCGGCAGCAUGUCUCGGAGAAAGCAAGCCAAGCCCCAGCAUCUGAAAUCAGAGGAGGGCAUCACGACUGAGGGGAACCCUAACAACGCAGCAGCUGCGGAAGGACCCGAUGAUUGUGACAGUGGGAAUGAAAGUCGAAGUGGAAGCGAAGAAACUAAUGUUUGUGAAAAAUGCUGUGCUGAAUUCUUCAAGUGGACUGAUUUCUUAGAUCACAAGAAGACAUGCACUAAAAACCCUCUUGUUCUAAUUGUGAAUGAUGAUUUAGCAGCACCAGUUACAGAAGAGGUUCCAGAACCCUCUCCUGCAGGUUCUCCCAGUAAUCACGCAGAAAGUGAGACUGCAGAGGAAAAUAUCCAGGUAGAAAAUAAUGACACCUGUGACAUAAAAGAUACUGAAAAGGAAGAGGAACCCAUGGAGGUUGAAAUCACAGAAGAAAAAAACUACCCAAGUCAAGAAGCUUCAGACUCUUCUACUCUUCUACCUCAGAUUCCUGAACCAUCUUCCAUAACUAAUUAUAACAUGCCAAACACUAAUGUUACCUUAGAGACUCUGCAAAGUACUACAGUGGCAGUUGCACAAUUUUCACAAAAUGCACGAUGUGUGGGGGGUGCAAAUGCGGCAACUGCAAUGGCAAUUCCAAUGAUUUUAGAACAGUUGAUGGCAUUACAACAGCAGCAAAUUCACCAGCUGCAACUCAUAGAACAGAUACGUAGUCAAGUUGCACUGAUGAACCGGCAGCCAUUACGGCCUCCCUUAAAUCCGACAGUUCCAUCCCAAAAUGUUCCAAUCCCUGCUUCCAAUCAGUUGCAGGGUUUUGCUGCACACUCUACCCUACAGUUAACCUCAGUAGUCCCUCCCACUCUUUCAGGACCAGCAAAUAGUGGUCAGCUCCCUUUGUUUGAAAAUCCACAGCAUAUGUCACAGCCUCCCUCUGGGGCAAGUACCCCAAAUAUACCAUGUCCUGUAUCAUCUGCACCAACAGAAUCCACCACAUCAUUGUCAGCAAAUAGUAAAGCAACUUCAGCAGCCCAUUGUUCUUUGUCCAAUUCUACAAGUAAUCCAACCCAUCCACAGAGCUCCUCAACACCCCCAUCUCUAGGACAUGGAAAUAUCCUAAAUUCAUCUUCCAGUUUGCCAAGUCCACUUCUACCUCAGAGUUCAUCAAAUAGUGUGAUCUUCCCCAAUCCUCUUGUCAGCAUUGCUGCAACAGCUAAUGCAUUAGACCCUCUCUCUGCACUUAUGAAGCACCGUAAGGGAAAGCCACCAAAUGUGUCAGUAUUUGAGACCAAGACAACCUCUGAGGAUCCAUUCUUUAAACAUAAAUGUAGGUUUUGUGCCAAGGUCUUUGGAAGUGAUAGUGCAUUACAAAUCCAUUUACGUUCUCAUACUGGAGAAAGACCAUUCAAAUGUAAUAUAUGUGGAAAUCGUUUUUCCACAAAAGGAAACCUAAAGGUUCAUUUUCAGAGACACAAAGAAAAAUAUCCCCACAUUCAGAUGAAUCCAUACCCUGUUCCAGAAUACCUCGACAAUGUUCCCACUAGCUCUGGAAUUCCAUAUGGAAUGACUUUUCCUCCUGAGAAACCAGUCACAACAUGGUUAGAUAGUAAGCCUGUGUUAUCAACUAUUCCAACCACAAUUGGAUUGCAGCUUCCUCCCACAAUACCUGGUGUAAAUAACUAUAAUGAUUCUCCAAGCAUUACACCAAGUAAUCAAUCCCCCCAAAGGCCAUCUCCUGCUUCUAGUGAAUGCAACUCAUUAUCUCCUAACAUAAAUAAUUCUGAACCCUGCAUACAAGCAUCUUCAGAAUCUUCGCAACCAGAACAGACAAGAACUAUUACUCCUAAACAAGAACCUAUUGUUCAGCCUUCUUCCUCUACAAGAGUAGGUGAACAGCCUGUAAAUGUACAGAUAUCUUCACCUGUCACUACUCCUGUUCCUACAGUUACAGAUUCCAGCGUUUCAACAAGCCACUCAAACUCUGUGCUUCCUCCCAUGUCUGACCAAUUCAAGGCUAAGUUUCCAUUUGGUGGUCUACUGGAAUCUAUGCAAACAUCAGAAACCUCAAAAUUGCAACAAUUAGUUGAAAACAUUGAUAAAAAGAUGACAGAUCCAAAUCAAUGUGUCAUUUGUCACAGAGUACUUAGCUGUCACAGUGCUCUCAAGAUGCAUUACAGAACACAUACAGGGGAAAGGCCAUUUAAAUGCAAAGUUUGUGGACGUGCCUUUACUACUAAAGGCAAUUUGAAAACACAUUUUGGUGUUCAUAGGGCAAAGCCUCCACUGAGGGUUCAACAUUCAUGUCCCAUUUGUCAGAAAAAAUUUACGAAUGCUGUGGUUCUGCAACAGCAUAUUCGUAUGCACAUGGGUGGGCAGAUUCCAAACACCCCAUUACCAGAGGGCUUCCAAGAUGCAAUGGACUCGGAACUUUCCUAUGAUGAAAAGAAUCUUGAAACAAUGAGUGACUAUGAUGAUGAUUUUGAUGACAAUUCAUUAGAAGAUGAUCUAGACUUAAAGGACACCCCAAGUGACUCAUCUAAGCCACUCAUACCAUACUCUGGAGCAUCACCUGCUUCACCUCCUAAUGUCAUUUCCAGUAUUGCUGCUUUAGAAAAUCAGAUGAAAAUGAUUGACUCUGUUAUGACUGCCCAGCAGUUUAUUGGUUUAAAAAACAUAGAGAAUGGAUCUGGCGAAAUCGAUCAUUUAAGCAAUGAUUCAUAUUUUGCUGUUGGGGACUUAGAAAGCCAGAGCGCAGGCAGUCCAGCAAUGUCUGAAUCCUCUUCAUCUAUGCAGGUUUUGUCACCAGCACAUAGUCACAGUGAAAGCAUUAGAUCUAAAUCUCCAGUUAUAAGUAGUCAAGAAGAGCCACCAGUCAUACAACUCAAAACCGAAAAGCCUGACAGCCCUAUACCUACUCCUGAAAAUGAUGGUGUACUGGAUCUGACAUCCACUAACCCUGGGAGGCCAAUCAUCAAAGAAGAGGCUCCUUAUAGUCUCCUGUUCCUGAGCAGAGAACGUGGUAAGUUUAAAAGUACUGUUUGUAAUAUCUGUGGCAAGCCUUUUGCUUGUAAGAGUGCAUUGGAAAUUCACUACCGCAGCCAUACUAAAGAACGGCCAUUUAUUUGUACAGUCUGCAAACGUGGGUGUUCCACUAUGGGUAAUUUAAAACAGCACUUGCUGACACACAAAUUGAAAGAGCUCCCAUCUCAGUUAUUUGAACCCAACUUUACUCUAGGUCCCAGCCAAACCACAACUAGCCUGGUCACCAGCACAGCGCCUGUCAUGAUCAAAAUGGAAGUGAACGGUCACACCAAGCCUAUCUCAUUGGGUGAAGGUCCCCACCUUCCAGUUGGAAUCCAGGUUCCUGCUGCACCACAGACAGCGAUGAGUCCAGGCAUCACUCCAAUGCUGGCACUCCCACCUAGACGAACUCCAAAGCAACACAACUGUCAUUCGUGUGGGAAGACCUUCUCUUCAGCAAGUGCACUACAGAUACAUGAACGUAUUCAUACUGGUGAAAAGCCAUUUGGCUGCACAAUCUGUGGUAGAGCAUUUACCACAAAAGGGAAUCUUAAGGUUCACAUGGGAACACACAUGUGGAAUAAUGCUCCUGCGAGACGUGGUCGUCGGCUAUCUGUUGAAAACCCUAUGGCUUUGCUAGGUGGGGAUGCUCUGAAGUUUUCAGAGAUGUUUCAGAAAGAUUUGGCAGCUCGAGCAAUGAAUGUUGACUCUGGCUUUUGGAAUCAGUAUGCUGCUGCUAUCACAAAUGGGCUAGCUAUGAAAAACAAUGAGAUUUCUGUUAUACAGAACGGAGGCAUUCCACAGCUUCCAGUCAGUUUGGGUGGAAGUGCUAUACCAACAUUAGGAAAUAUCUCAAGUGGAAUGGACCGAACACGCACUGGCAGUAGCCCUCCUAUAAUUAAUCUGGACAAAGUAGGCUCUGAGUCUAUAGUCAAUCGACCAUUCACAAGGUUUAUUGAGGAGAAUAAAGAAAUUGGCAUAAACUGAAUUUAAAGGAAAAACACUUAAGGCAAGUUCUCUUCAAAACUCUUGUACUAUUUGAUGUACAGUUUUUGAACAAAGGUCACAGAUUUCUACCCCCCCUUUUGCCCAUCAGAGAAAUGCAUAGUUAUGUGGAUGAAGAAGAGAUGUCUUGCAAGAUCUGCAUGGUACUUCCUUCAGCAAUUUGACUGACAUGGACAUUUUUUGCUUUAUUCUUUCGAUAAUGAAGUUUAUUCGAUAACACACUUACAAAGGCUGCAGUACAGCAUCAUGUUUCCCUGCGCAACCCAUCAUUUAUUAAUUUAUUGAGGUGAUACACAUUGACUUCUUUAGCCCAAUCUUUUGAAAGUUUUGUUUAAAUUAGAUAUAAACUGGAAGUCUAUCUUAAGUACUAUAAUACUAAAUAAUCAAUUUAGUAUGUCCCACCCAUAGUAUUUAUAAUAAAUUUAUGCGGGUAUCCAACAGUAUCAAAGCCCCAUCCUUAAAAUAAAUAUUUGUACAGCAGUUUGUGACUUUUUCUUAGCUAUUUUUGUUGCUAUAAUUCAGUAAUUUUUAUUCCAAUGCAGGCAAAACUGUGGUGUUUUAUUUGGGACGAUAGCAUGCUUUACAUGUGCAAGUAUCUGUCAGUAACACAUUUUUUAAUUUAAAUAUUUGUAGCUGCUAUGUGGGCAAUUGUUUGAUAUAUAUGAGAAAAUGUGUGAAGAAAAGUACAAUAGUUGGAAAUCCAUUUCCACACAAAACUUUUCACUCAUAAGUAUCACUUCAUAGGAAACUGUGAGUCAAAUCUUCAUGUGACCUUUGCUGUAAAAUAAAGGGUAAUGUUUGUAUAA